AUGACGAUGGACCAGGGUGGCUGUCAUGGAUUCAAGGAAAGUCUAGAAAAAGCAAUUGGCAAGUCGCCAUCGCGAACUAGUCUGCGUCCUACGCCAUCAUACAAUACGGGGUCCCCCGUCCAUCACAUCGCAUCUUCCCAGCAACCUGGUUCAUGUUUAUCUGUUCUCCUCGGACGGAGUCGAGUGGAAAAGGAGCGGGAAGUAUCCUCCCUCGCCAAUCGCUUGAAGCAGUGUGGCUUGAUGCGAUUCCCGAUUGUCAUUGACAAUGGGUCUUGCCCGCUCGAUCGGGAAGCCCGUGUCAGUGUCAACGCGUAUGGUAUGCUAGUAAUUGCAUUGUGGUUCAUGGAAGCGUUGAGUGCCCGAUCCAUGGAGUUCGGUGAUAGUACUGCCCGGAGGACUCCGUAUAAUCUCAAUGACUCGACCCAUUGUUACAAAUAG